CAGCAUCACCUCUUCCUCCCGUUUCUCCUUCCACUCCCAGUUCCACAUCCUCCUCCUAUUCCCCUCUCUUCCCUUUUCAGACCCCCACCUUCCAGUUCCCUCACCUCCCCUUUCUGCUGGUCCCUGGGGCUUGCAGCAAGAGGGAGAGACAGCUCCUGACAGGAUUGAUGGUCCUUCCCCACCCUGUCCUCUCACCCGCUCCCUCCCCAGCGGGCACAGACAUCCCCCUACAAAAGGCAGGAGCCCAGGCUGUGUGGAAACAGCUGCUCUCAGACGCCCUUCCCUUUGCUCUCUGCUGGCUAGGCUGGGCUGCGCCUCUGCUCCCUCUUCCUCCAGCUGAGAGUGGGCACCUGGGGUACCAGGCCCCCUUACCUCAUUUCCCAUGAAUGCUGUGGAAAUUCCUGAGGGGCAGGAGCUGCAAAAGCUGGGGAGUGGAGCCUGGGACAAUCCCGCCUACAGUGGUCCCCCUUCCCCACAUGGGACGCUGAGGGUCUGCACCAUCGCCAGCUCAGGGCCCCUCCAGCCCCAACCCAAGAAGCCUGAAGAUGAACCCCAGGAGACGGCACACAGGACUCAGGUGUCCAGCUGCUGCCUCCAUAUCUGUCGAGGCAUCAGAGGCAUCUCUCCCAUGCCCCUUAGGACUUUGGGGAACAACCCUGACUGAGAACACAGCUGAGAACCGGGAACUUUAUGUCAAGACCACCCUGCGAGAGCUGCUGGUAUAUAUUGUGUUCCUGGUGGACAUCUGUCUAUUGACCUAUGGAAUGACAAGCUCCAGUGCUUAUUACUACACCAAAGUGAUGUCUGAGCUCUUCUUACAUACUGCAUCAGACACUGGAGUCUCCUUUCAGGCCAUCAGCAGCAUGGCAGACUUCUGGGAUUUUGCCCAGGGCCCACUACUGGACAGUUUAUAUUGGACCAAAUGGUACAACAACCAGAGCUUGGGCCAUGGUUCCCACUCCUUCAUCUACUAUGAGAACCUGCUGCUGGGGGUUCCGAGGCUGCGGCAGCUAAAGGUCCGCAAUGACUCCUGCGUGGUGCAUGAAGACUUCCGGGAGGACAUUCUGAGCUGCUAUGAUGUCUACUCUCCAGACAAAGAAGAACAACUCCCCUUUGGGCCGCUCAAUGGCACAGCGUGGACAUACCACUCGCAGGAUGAGUUAGGGGGCUCCUCCCACUGGGGCAGGCUCACAAGCUACAGUGGAGGUGGCUACUACCUGGACCUUCCAGGAUCCCGACAGGGUAGUGCAGAGGCUCUCCGGGACCUUCAGGAGGGGCUGUGGCUGGACAGAGGCACUCGGGUGGUGUUCAUCGACUUCUCAGUCUACAAUGCCAACAUCAAUCUUUUCUGUGUCCUGAGGCUGGUGGUGGAGUUUCCAGCUACAGGAGGUGCCAUCCCAUCCUGGCAAAUCCGCACGGUCAAGCUGAUCCGCUAUGUCAGCAACUGGGACUUCUUUAUUGUUGGCUGUGAGGUCGUCUUCUGCGUCUUCAUCUUCUACUAUGUGGUGGAAGAAAUCCUGGAGCUCCACAUUCACCGACUUCGCUACCUCAGCAGCAUCUGGAACAUACUGGACUUGGUGGUCAUCUUGCUCUCCAUUGUGGCUGUGGGCUUCCACAUAUUCCGAACCCUCGAGGUGAAUCGGCUCAUGGGGAAGCUCCUGCAGCAGCCAAACACAUAUGCAGACUUUGAGUUCCUCGCCUUCUGGCAGACGCAGUACAACAACAUGAAUGCUGUCAACCUCUUCUUCGCCUGGAUCAAGAUAUUCAAGUACAUCAGCUUCAACAAAACCAUGACCCAGCUCUCCUCCACGCUGGCCCGCUGUGCCAAGGACAUCCUGGGCUUCGCCGUCAUGUUCUUCAUUGUUUUCUUCGCCUAUGCCCAACUCGGCUACCUGCUUUUCGGGACCCAAGUGGAAAACUUUAGCACUUUCAUCAAGUGCAUUUUCACUCAGUUCCGGAUAAUCCUCGGGGACUUUGACUACAAUGCUAUCGACAAUGCCAACCGCAUCCUGGGCCCUGCCUACUUUGUCACCUAUGUCUUCUUCGUCUUCUUCGUGCUCCUGAACAUGUUCCUGGCCAUCAUCAAUGACACAUAUUCAGAGGUCAAGGAGGAGCUGGCUGGACAGAAGGAUGAGCUGCAACUUUCUGACCUCCUGAAACAGGGCUACAACAAGACCCUGCUAAGACUGCGUCUGAGGAAGGAGAGGGUAUCGGAUGUGCAGAAGGUCCUGCAGGGUGGGGAGCAGGAGAUCCAGUUUGAGGAUUUCACCAACACCUUAAGGGAAAUGGGACACGCAGAGCAUGAAAUCACUGAGCUCACAGCCACCUUCACCAAGUUUGACAGAGAUGGGAAUCGUAUUCUGGAUGAGAAGGAACAGGAACAAAUGCGACAGGACCUGGAGGGAGAGAGGGUGGCCCUCGACACUGAGAUUGAGAAACUAGGCCGAUCCGUUGUGAGCACCCCACAAGGCGAGUCUGGUCCAGAGGCUGCCAAAGCAGGAGGCUGGGUUUCAGGAGAAGAAUUCUACAUGCUCACAAGGAGAGUUCUGCAGCUGGAGACUGUGCUGGAAGGAGUAGUGUCCCAGGUUGAUGCUGUCGGCUCAAAGUUGAAAAUGCUGGAGACGAAGGGGUGGCUGGUUCCCUCCCCAGGCGUGGAGGAACAAGCUAUUUGGAAGCACCUGCAGCCAGCCCCAGCUGUGACCCCAGACCCCUGGGGAGUCCAGGGUGGGCAGGAGAGUGAGGUUCCCUAUAAAAGAGAGAGGAAGCCUUAGAGGACAGGAGAUGCUCAAGUGGUGAGAUUCCAAUGUUGCAGAGGAAUUAAGUGUGAGGCACUCCUGGAGCAAAGUCUAUGAAGGAUCUUCUGCAAGAGGCUGCCUCCUGGUCCACUGAACCUGGAAACUGAGUGGGCUUCAACCAGGAGAUAAAAAUGGAGCCUGAAAGGAAUCAGGCAAGGAAAUGACCUCAGGAUUCAGAGAUCUUUGAAUUAAUAUGUGGUGGGUUCUGACAUUAUUCUUCCAUAAGACCAUGUGGGUUUCCAUGGUGGCUAUCAAUAAAACUCCUUAGGAAAAC